AUGUAAAGGGAAUCAAGAUGUCUCUGGAAGGUUUGAGCAGGACAUCGUCACUGAAUUUAUCCAAAUCUGAACACGUGCUGCUCAAUGCCUUCAACCCUGUUGACUAAUUAUAUUAGCAUCAGCAUAUUCGCAUGUACAUGGUACUUUGUACUACCACUGUCCUCCUACCUAGUAUCUGUCUCUCUCAGUACAUCUCACCAUAUCCACCAAGAAUACUGUGGCAUGGGACUCAGCAGGCCUUCCUCAAUAUUUCCAACCUAUUCCCAGGAUUAAGAUAUUUGAUUCUUCUAAACAACUUUCUUCCCAAACUUGUCUUUCACUCACAUCGAACAGCUAUCUGAAACCGAGCCCAACAGACCUCAUACUAAAGAGAUUAUGGCAGAUGUCACACUUCUCGCUGCUUUCGGCGAUCCAAAUUGGUUCCGUGACGCCUUCAACUGGGAUUUAAACCGUAUCUUCCAGUGGCUUGAGACAACUUCGCAGACAGCCAAAGACCCAGUAUCUCAAAAGUAUCUUCAGGAUACCCUAUCGAAAAUCAAGAUUGUCGCACUCCCGGACGGGAAAAGAUUCAGGGAUCCCAGGGUCGGGCCCAAUUCCCACUUCGCGCGAACAUUCAACGAGGACUGGAGCGAUGACAGGUGGGAUGGCCAUGAAAACGAAAGAGGUAGACAGAUUUCGAAAUUCAUCCUUAACGAGUGGCCGAACAAGUUCCGCCGUCGCAGAGACGGAGACGCCGGGAUUCAAGUACCCUAUUGGAAUCCGUACGAUCUACUAGGGUACUUCUUCAACGUUCUUGGCCCAGCGCCACCGGCUGCUAACAAAAGCAACUACUUCCUACCGCUAACAGCCGUGUACGCGCGGUGGUGCUCAAAGAUCGCGGGUACUGCACCUAGGGGGUACAACUACCCCCCGGUUGCGAACCCGGGCGCGGGGACCUGGCCUUUCAUGUACCAGUGCACAUGGUGGGAUGACCCCGGAAACCCGACCAAGAAGUGGUUUUUCCUCGGAAGUUCUCUGGGGGGUGAUUCAUGGAUGGAGAAUGCGGUUGGCACUUUCAACGAAACAGUGCAACGCCAUCGAUUCGACAUGUUUCGAACCUGCUCACAGAUUAAGAUUGUGAAAGCCGGGGAUUACGCUCAGAGGACCCCCGAGCAGAGAGCGGGCGGACAUCCAAACCCGUAUGGAGCCUGUGCUGAGGGAUAUCCCUUCGCGGAGAUGCUGUCUAGUGACAAACUUAAGAAUCGCCAUCUCUAUGGCUUGUCUCUCAAGAGAGACUUCAUGAGAAAUCCUGCUCUCAACCAGUACGAUAGAACGAGAAAUGGCGGAGUUUGGACAAACAAUGCGGCGCCUUGUAGAAAUUGCACCGUGCUGCUCAAAAGAGCUGGAGCACAAUUAGAGCAUUUCUCGGAAACGAUGGAUCUUCCUUUGUAGGAUUUUGGCGCUUCGAACGAGCCAUCGACAUGGCUCUAUUAUACUUCACCGUCAUAUAAUUAAAUAUAUGAUUGAUACACUGUUUGAAAGAUGGC